UUGAGAUGUUUCAAACAUGCAAAAUCUCCUUAUUCAAAAAGUUCGCUUAGAAAUUGCACACGUGACACCGACAUCAUCGAUAAACUGCUCAACGGCACAGGUUACAAGAAAUUUAGGAUACCACGUAAGUUUUGUGGAAUGCAAGUUGUAACGCCACACAACUCUGGAUUUGUAGAAGACGAGGGAAUGAGCGUUUCUGUAGAAAUUUGGAUACAAGCAAUCAACUCAAUAGAUGAGUUAACCAAUGACUUUGACAUGGAUAUCUAUAUCACAGAAAGAUGGUUAGAUCCUGCGUUAAACUUCGAGAAUCUCUCACCCUGUAAAGGAAAUUUAUCGCUCAAUCAUCAAGUUCUGGAUCGGUUAUGGACUCCAAACAGCUGCUUUGUAAACAGCAAAACUGCUCAUAUACAUACAUCGCCUUUCAAGAGUGUAUUUCUUAUGUUAUUUCCCAAUGGCAGUGUAAUGGUGAAUUAUCGAGUGCGGGUAAAAGGUCCGUGUACAAUGGAGCUCAGCAACUUUCCUCUUGAUUUGCAGAGAUGCUUACUUAUUUAUGAAAGCUUCAAUUACAAUAACCAGGAAGUCCGCAUGCGUUGGCUGGAAGUCGACCAGCCAGUUCGUCCAAUGGAACAAGUUGUGUUGCCAGACUUUGACCUCUUCAAGAUUUCAGCGUACAGAAUUGAGGAGGUGAGUUUGCCCACUGCUUGCAUCUAUGCUUGA